AUGAACUUGACAUCUGAUCUCGUUGUGGAUAGUUAUGAAGAAGCUUUUGUUAAAAACAUUGUGAUAGUUUUUCUUGGUGUUAUCAUUAAUUCUAUUAACGGAAUGCUUGUGGUCACCUUUCUUGCCAAUCCAAUAUUUUCAAAAGACUCCAGAUAUAUUUUAUACAUUCACCUAGUCAUAAAUGACAUGAUAAUGAUAUUUGUAUCGGUAACUCUAUAUGUCAUGAGUUACAUCUUACGACUUCUUAAUUUUCCUUUUUGUUGCAUGUUGUUGAUUCUUGCCACAACGACUUUUAUGAUUAGUCCCUUGAAUCUGGCUGGCAUGGCCGUCGAACGUUUCAUCGCUGUCUGCAAACCAUUGCAUCACCAUCAGAUUUGCACACCGCAAAGGACAUACGUCUUCAUUUGUUUUCUAUGGUGUACAGGAGUCAUACCUUCUCUGGCAGAUUUCAGCAUUUUACUUUCAACUCAGCCCACAUCUUUCCAGAGGACCGUUGUGUAUUGCUACCCCCCAAUUGUAUUUCCUACCAAACUCCAUCAGGAUCGUUCGACUUAUUCACAAAUCAUCUACAUGUCUUUGGUCUGGUUCAUUGUGAUUUACACUUACUGCAAUGUCAUGUUCACAGCAAAAAAGGCGAGUUCAGGAAGUUCAGCAAACAAGGCUCGAAACACAAUAUUGUUGCAUGGUGUGCAGUUACUUCUUUGUAUGCUGUCUUAUCUCACCCCUGUUUUAAAUUUUAUUCUCAUUUCCCUUUUUCCUGUACACAGUAGUAAGAUCACUUUCUUAACCUAUCUGCUUACAAAUAUUAUGCCAAGAUUACUAAGCCCUUUGAUAUAUGGUGUCAGAGACCAGAAGUUUGUAAAGAAAAUGAAGGAGCACUUUACUUGUAAAUUUUGUUUUCUUAAGAUUGCGCCAUGA